GACACCUCGUCAAACCCGGAGCCGCCGUCAGGAGGGAUGAGCUGCCUUCAACCCAGAAACAGAACCACAUAAAAAAUAUAUCAGAUAAAAAAGAAAAACUCAACUAACAAAACGAUUUUUUUUUCAUUAUUUUUUUUUUUUUUUUUGCUGCGAAUGUAUCUUUUUUCUCCCUCUCUUGAUGCAAGAGAAAGAGACUGAAGGGACACAAACUCAGAGAGAGGAUUGCGUUCAGACUAUAGUCAGGAGUGUGCGCGCCUCGGACUCCCGGUCUGCGACGCGGAGCUGGAUUUUGGGAUGUGGAGCGCCAGGUGAAAGGGCUUGUCCGUGAUGCAGCUCUGUAUGGGAAAGAAGCUGUGCCAUGACAGAGGGCAACGUGGGUAAAGGAGACAUGCAACACCCAGGCCGGCACAACCGCCACCUCUUUCUAGGCGGGGCCGUGCUGCUUCUCCUGGUCGGCUCAGCUCUCAGCUGCCCCGCUCGGUGUGAGUGUUCUGCCCAGACCAAGUCAGUCAGUUGCCACCGCAAGCGGCUGCCCAGCAUCCCAGAAGGCAUCCCCAUUGAGACACGCGCUCUGGAUCUCAGCAAGAACAAGCUACGCGUUAUAACACCGGACAACUUCUCUUCAUUUCACCAGCUAGAAGACCUGGAUCUCAGCGACAACCUCAUCACCGUGGUGGAGCCUGGCUCAUUUCGCAAUCAGCUGGCUCUCCACACACUCAACUUCCGGAGUAACUUGCUUCAGCUGGUUCCUGCCGGUGUGCUGUCUGGCCUCACCAACCUCACCCAUCUUGAUCUCAGCCACAACCGACUGGUGGUUCUCUUGGAUCAUGCCUUUCAAGACCUCCGCAAGUUGACAUCCCUACAGGUGGGCGAUAAUGAAUUGGUCUUCAUCUCUCAGCGGGCCUUCACAGGAUUACUUGGACUUCAGAGUCUUACCUUGGAGCGUUCUAAUCUGACUGUGGUCCCAACCGAUGCUUUAGCACAUCUUCACAAUCUAAUUGAACUUCACAUGCGCUCUCUGAGCAUUAGCUUUCUCAAGGAAUUCUCUUUUAAGAGAUUAUCUCGUCUUCGCCAUCUAGAGAUUGAUUUCUGGCCCUGGCUGAACGCACUGCCACGCCAUUCGCUGCACGGUCUCAACCUCACAUCGCUGUUCAUAACCAACACUAACCUGUCUGCCUUCCCUGGUGCAGCACUACGCAGUCUGCCCUACCUCACACACCUUAACCUGUCCUACUGCCGCAUCCAGCACAUCCAUCAAGGAGAGCUAGGACAACUCCCGCACCUAUUGGAGCUCCGUAUCCAAGGCACUCAGCUGGUUUCCAUAGAGCUCUUUGCUUUUGUGGGUCUUAAAUCUCUGCAGUUACUGGAUGUCUCACAAAACCACUUGGACUCUCUUGAGAGGGGCGUGUUUUCCUCACCAGAAAGCCUGCAAAGGCUUUGUCUGGGUGGAAAUCCAUUAGUGUGCGACUGCAGAUUGCUAUGGCUGCUCAAUAGCCACAAGCCCCCUGCUCUGCAAAUCAUGGACAUCCAGCCUGAAUGCAUCGCACCUGUCCACCUUCACGGGAAAACGCUUCGCGAGUUGAAGGAGCCCCUGGUGUCCAGGUACAUGACCUGCACCAAGCCACGGAUUGGACCCAACACCACACAGCUGCUGAUGGCUGAUGAGGGUCAGCCGGCCCGCCUGAGCUGCGUAGCAGAGGGAGCACCGCGGCCCGCUGUGGUCUGGAUAACACCUCACAGACGCUAUGUAACGAGCAAAAGCAGUGGUAGGGUGGAGGUAAAAGCAGAUGGCACCCUGGAGAUCAAAGCGGCAGAGCUUCACGACAGCGGGGUGUACUUGUGUGUUGCCAGUAACCCUGCUGGCAACGCUAGCCUGUCAGCAUCCUUAGCUGUGAAGAGCCUGGGCAUUGGGGACAGAUCUUACUAUAGCAACAGGAGCUCAAACUAUCUGACAGACUCUAACAGCACAUGGGGGAAUGGAACUGUAUUGUACAACAUGACAUACCCUAUUGAUAUAAAAACUAUCAUUAUAUCUACAGCCAUGGGCUGCCUGUCCUUUCUAGGUGUGGUCAUCUUCUGCUUCCUUCUCCUGUUUGCCUGGAGCCGGGGGAAAGGACGACAUAAGAGCAACUUUGAUAUCGAGUAUGUCCCCCGUAAAUCCAAUGGGGCGGCUGCAGACGCGACAGAGACAAGCGGCCCACGGCGGGUCAACAUGAAAAUGAUUUAAACUGGAUGCAGACAGAUGCAGGCAACAGCAACCACAACACAGGGCACACAUAUCAGCUGAAAAAAUGUUCUGUUUUUUUAAUGAAAAAGUGGAUUUGUGACCAACAAAAGUGAUGUACUACUAUAGUGGAUGUCGAUAUGACGGUGAUAUAGUGACAAAGUGGAUCUGUGAAUAUAAAAGUGACAUGAAACUGUGGACGUGUUUAUAUGAAAUAAUGUUCUCAUACAGUACACUGAAUAUAAUACUAUAACCAACAUAUCAAUAUAGGAGUGAUAUAGUGUUGCACUAGGCAUUUGAUUCAGUGGUGACGUGAUGAGUAAUGAUAUUGUCGACUCACCGUGACAUCAAGGUGAAGGAGGGAGCCAAUGGACGUGACAAGGGGCAUCUUUGAGUGGCAGUGCAGCUGUCACCUCUGCAACACGUCAGGACUAAAUUGUCUAAUACCCAUCUUAGCUGCAGUGUGAAAGGCGUGUGUGUAGUGUUCGUGUGUGGAUAUGAGCGUGCACCGUGGUGCACGUGUUGCAUUUGUGUGUGUUUCUUUGUGCAUGUGCACGCAUUGCCUUUCUCAUGGGAUGGGACACUGAAAGUGAAUGAUGGGGCCAAAAGUGUUUUUUCAGGGCCUUUGUUCAUUUUUGGCUAUUGUAACAACAGUAAUGUCACUGUUGAUUAAAACAGAGGAUUAUCUAUGUUUGUAUGCAAAAUCGUAAUUAUUCUAUUCUAAAGAAAUGCUGCAUAACUUUCGAAGUAGGUCGUUGUUCCCCUUGGAAUCACUUCGACUGUAGAUGGGGAUUUUUAUAAACUUAAGGACAUGUUGUGAGGCCAGAGCUUUGUCUCUGCCUUAGAGCUCACGCUUCAGAAAAAUAUGUUUUUCCUGACAAAAAAACCCCAAAACACACUAGCCAAUUGCGUUAUUGGUCGUAAAGAGAUUCCAGCCAUAGAAAGGCCACGUUAAACCCAUUUUAUAAUGUUAUAAAUCAUGGGCAGAUUUUGCUGCCAGACAAAUCCCUUGAUAUGAUAUAAAAGUCAGUGGCCAGACACAAUGGCAAAGAUUUACCGGCCAGCCUCCUCUCUGGACGAGACAAAGUUGAGCUUCACUGAUUUAUGUGUUGAAUUCCCCCUCCUCCUCCAUUUCUUUUUGAUCGCACCACUUAAAGUUAGCGUGUUUGAAUUCUUCCCCGGGGGGCAGGGGGGUGUAACAUGGGGUUCUGGGUAUUUCUUAGAUGGCAAUUUUGAAAGUUGUAGUUGAUUCUUGUAUUGUUUUGAGCUUUUUUGGUUUUUGUUUAGUUUGUUUUUAAUUGACAAUGUUUUAAAUGUUUAGAACAAAAGAAAAAACCCAACAAAACAGUAAAACAAUUAAGGGCAAUUCUUUAUAACGCAGGGAUGUGGGUGUUAAUUUGUGUGAUCCUAUUGUGAUAAAAUGUUUGAGGUUGUAUAGUCGUUUUCAUAUGACAAAUUUAUGGGUAUAUUUUCAAAACGAAA